AUGAAGAGAUCAGGCGCUGAAGGGCACCCUUCUAUGAAAGUAUCUUUAUCGGUUGACCAAGCUGCGAGAGAAAUUCUUCAGAAAUCAUUCUGCAUCUUUCAAUCAAACCCGACAGUGAGAAAUCAGAUUUCCCGUUCAAGAUCGGAAGCCCUUAAGAUUCUCGACCGACCAUUACUAUUUGAGUCGCUUUCUCGUUCAUGCCAUCAAGUGAUUGACGGAAACUUGCACGGAUUUCACCUUCCGUCCAAUGCAAAGAGGCUCUUUCGUGCAUUCCCAUCAUCUAAGCUUCAGCCGUGGCCAAACAGUACGUUCAAGUCGUCCUCUCAAGAUCUGAGUGCAUCACUGCACGGGAUUCUAGUUGACAUUCUGAACAAGCUAAGGGAAUUAUCAGAGUCAAAGAGCGGAGAUUACGGAACUGAAACUAACCCAAAACCAAAUCAAUUGACAGACAAUAAAACGACUUUACAGAGUAGAAGAAAGCGAAAGCGAGGUUGGGAAGAAUCAAAUACCAAAUCUGCCAAAGCAGUUCCCACUGAUAAUACAUACAGUGUACCUACAACAGUAAAGGAGACAACAAAAUGCCCGCUCGAUUACUUUUUCUAUCACAAUAAUGAUUCCCGGUACAUCAACUGCAGUGAGCAUAUUGAUCGGGGUGCAUUGAUUUGUAUAUGUUUGUCAUCAACAACACCUGGCUUGGAAGUGCUGCCACGAGGGGCGAACGGCUUUGUUUGCCCCGAAGAAACUUUGAUCGACCACAACAAUCUUGAUGACGAGAGGAAUGAUGAUGAUGCUGCUGCUGCUGCUGCUUCGGAACUCAUUUGUGUCAUGGCUGGGGAUCAACUCGGAACGAUGCUUGGGAAAGAACGAAUGGCGUGUGUCCACCGUGUGCGCAAUGAUCUACCCCGUCCACGGCUCUCAAUAUCCUACGAACUCAGAUUGUAG